AUGAGACUAGAGGAUGGCAGCAUUGUGUCCAUUCCAGAGGUGGUCAGAACAGUCUGGCACUCAACUUUGAUCAAACUCUAUCUGGCAUAUUGUGAGGAGACAGAGUUUAUUCCUCUGUCUAGGUCUACAUUGUUCCAUAUUCUUCAAGUUUGUCCUGCUUCAAGGCGCACAAAUCUGAAGGGUCUGGACAAUAUAACAGCAGAUGGAGAGAGCUCAUAUGAUGUGAUUCUAUCAGUAGUUGCAGAUGUGGAAAAGUACAUAACAGAUGGAUUAUUGCUAAUGGAACUGAAGGAAUGCAAAGAAUCCUUGGCAUCCAGUAGAAUUUAUAUGAAAACAGAUUUUAAAAUGCAUUUGAAACAGACUGACCACUGCAGUGAUCAUUGCAUUAACCAUGCUCUAAGUGAUCCGCUUGACAUUCAGUUCCAGCAAGCAUGUACUGACCACCAACAUAAUGUUGGUUGCGACCGCUGCCAAUUACUUCCAAAAGCAGUUUUAAAUUUGAAGGAAAUCCUGAGCAAUCUCGCAGAUCUUUCCCCCAACACCAGAGAAGAAUUGUUUAUGGAUAUUGAUGCAGCGGUAACAAAGAUUCUUCAAUGGAAAAGCCACAUAAUUAGAACUAUCAAUCAGGAUACUGCUAGGACACACACACUGAAAGAUCUCCAGCCUGGUGAUAUUCUUAUUAUUAUGGACUGGGCCAUGACAUUCUUACCAAUUACAUUUAGAGAAAAACAGAGCGACUGGUAUGGCCAGAAGGGCAUAAAUUGGCAUGUGUCUGUGUGCAUUUACAAGGAUGAAAACUCAAAUUUAAAGGUGAGAUUAGUGAGAACAAUUUAA